CAGAAAUGUCUUGCUUUUCCAGAACGGCCAUGCUUUCCUUCAGAUUCUUCACAAUGUCUGCUGGAGAUUUGUGAGACUUCCCGAACGGGAACGGCAUGACGGCAGGGGCAGGGGCCUCCGCUGCACUCCGCCUGUGCUACGGGGCUGGGCUGGGCGUUCCCUUCUCUGCCUCCGCGUCGUCGCCGUCCCCGUCCUCGGCUGCCGCCGCCUCGGGCUGCUCGUUCAGUCCCCGCGGCGUGGCUCGGACGCUGGGCCCCUCCGUUGUCUUCCGCCCGCUCCUGCUUCAGGCGACGGGCUCCCGCGGCGGCGGCUGCACGGGCGGACGGCGGCCCAGGGGCUCCCGCGGCGGCUGCCGCGGUGCUGCUCUCACUCGGGCUGCGGCUGCUGCUGCGGGACUCGACGCCGCCUUAGUCUUCGCCUAUGCCCCCGCCCCGGCGCCUGAAGGUUCUGUGUCUCCCAGGCCGCGCCGCUCCCCGAUCCCCGCGCCCCACUCGCGGCCCGAGCCCGGCUUUGACGUGCGCACUGCGCAGCCGCCGAGGACGCGACGUCGGGCGGCGCCGCAACGCCCCCUUCCGCCUCGGGCGCCCCCGAGCGGCCGGCGGACUCAGUGCGCUGAGAGUUGACACCAGGCCCCAGCGGGAGGGGCCGCAGAGAAAAGCAGAAGCCGAGUCCGCAGUUCCUCUUCCUCAGCUGCGGCUUCCAAGGCGGGGCUCAGCCCCUUCUCCGCCUGAGCGCGCUUCCUACGGGAAUCGCACGCUCACUUUCAACGACCGCUUCCUCAACUCUUCAAGCUUAUUUCUGCGAAAGGCCCGCAGCCCACUUUGUGUAGACCGAUUCUGUCUUAUUUGCGAUCAGAUCAUUUUAGCAUCUAGGGGGACACAGCAUAGAAAGUGCCGGAACGUUCCAGAUUAAUGGGAACGUUCCUAUUUAAAUCAGCAACCUGGAUUUAAAUUAUUCUCCACCAUUUGCUAUCUGUGGGCUGUUUCACGUCCCUAUGCCUGGAUUUCCUCACACAUUAAAAAAAAAAGUGUAAUAAUAUAGUGGUUCCUCCCACGGGCACCUGAGAAU